UCAAAUUCAACCAAAAGCUUCACACAAAAAUCCAACCUGAAGAUGACAGGAGGGGGCAGAGGAAAGAUGAAGAAAACAUCUUCAAAGCCAACAAUGAAUGUCCUACCAUACCAAACUCCAAGGCUGAGGGACCAUUAUAACCUCGGUAAGAAGCUAGGCCAGGGGCAAUUCGGGACAACAUACCAGUGCACAGAAAAAGCCACAGGGCUUGAAUAUGCAUGCAAAACAAUCCCAAAGAGGAAGCUAUUGUGCAAAGAGGAUUAUGAGGAUGUUUGGAGGGAGAUCCAAAUAAUGCACCACUUGUCGGAGCACCCAAACGUCGUUAGGAUCAAAGGGACAUACGAAGACAAUGUGUUUGUCCACUUGGUCAUGGAGCUAUGCAAAGGGGGUGAGCUUUUCGAUAGGAUUGUGGCAAAGGGACAUUAUAGCGAGAAGAAAGCUGCCGUGUUGAUGAAAACGAUAGCAGGAGUUGUCGAGGCGUGUCAUUCGCUAGGUGUCAUGCAUAGGGACCUUAAGCCCGAAAAUUUCCUCUUCGAUAGCCCCGAUGAGGAUGCCAAGCUUAAGUCCACCGAUUUCGGUUUGUCCGUGUUCUUCAAGCCCGGGCAGUACCUUUCUGAUGUUGUAGGAAGUCCAUAUUAUGUUGCACCAGAAGUACUCCAAAAGCACUAUGGAACUGAAAUUGAUGUGUGGAGUGCUGGUGUUAUUCUUUACAUUUUACUAUCAGGUGUUCCUCCAUUUUGGGCAGAAACGGAUAAUGGGAUCUUCAAGCAGAUUCUGAAAGGCAAAUUAGAUUUUGAAUCUGAUCCCUGGCCGUCCAUUUCAGACAGUGCAAAGGAUUUGAUAAAAAAGAUGCUCCACCGUGACCCGAAGAAGCGAAUAACCGCUCACGAGGUCUUAAGACACCCAUGGAUUGUGGAUGACACAGUUGCCCCAGACAGACCGUUGGGCUCAGCGGUUUUGUCGCGCCUGAAACAAUUCUCAGCUAUGAACAAACUGAAAAAGAUGGCUCUUCGCGUAAUAGCAGAGAGGCUAUCAGAGGAAGAAAUCGGAGGGCUAAGGCAGCUAUUCAAAAUGAUAGAUACAGAUGGGAGUGGAAGUAUCACAUUUGAGGAACUCAAACAAGGGUUGAAAAGAGUUGGGUCUGAGCUUAUGGAAGCUGAUAUUCAUGCUCUCAUGGAAGCGGCUGAUAUUGACAAUAGUGGAACCAUUGACUAUGGUGAGUUUCUUGCGGCAACAUUGCACUUGAACAAGAUGGAAAGAGAGGAAAAUUUGCUGGCUGCUUUCUCUUAUUUUGACAAAGAUGGCAGCGGUUAUAUUACCGUUGAUGAACUUCAACAAGCCUGCAAGGAAUUCGGAUUGGGGGACGUUCAUCUCGAGGAGACCAUUGAAGAAAUCGACAUCGACAAUGACGGACGUAUAGAUUAUGGGGAAUUUGCAACAAUGAUGAAGAAAGGGAAUGCAGGACUUGCAGCCAGAAGUAUGAGAGGCAACUUGAAUUUCAACUUGGCUGAUGCCUUUGGAACAAAUGACCCCAGUAACUAAACAACAAUAGAAAUGAUUUGCUUUUUAUUAGGUUAGAGAAAUUUAUAUGGUGGACAUUUAUUGAAAAUAUUUAUAUUUUCCCAUAUUUUUACCAUUUGUCCAUUAUUAAGACUUGUAGUGUAUUCUUAUCCUUAGGCAUUUCUAAGUGAAUGAUAUGUAUUACAUGGCCCAUGUAUAUCCAUGAACACAUGUGUUCGUCUCUCUUUUUU